AUGGACUAUACAGUGGGUCCAAAGCAUAAAGGAUCCCUUCAACGUGUAUUUUCACGUAAUAAUGUUAAAGUGAAUGAAGAUGGAGGUAUCACUUUAUCAGUAAAUAAAAAUUCAAAUGGAAGAUACACUUCUGCAGCCAUAGGAACUAAAAGAAAUGAUUUCUUAUAUGGCACUUAUCGAGCACGUAUGAAAAUGACAAAUGUUACUGGAACUGUAGCUGCCUUUUUCUUUUACCGUAAUGAUUCAAGUGAAAUUGAUAUUGAAUCAUUGAGUAGAUUUACAAAUCCUUACAAGUCUUAUUUUGCUGUUCAACCUCAAAUUUAUGUUAAGGGUAUAGCUUCACCUUUAACAAGUGAAAAACAUGAUCUAGAAUUUAACCCGACUGAGGAUUAUCAUGAAUAUAGAUUUGAUUGGCUCCCAGGAUCAGUUCAAUUUUAUAUUGAUGAUUUACUUGUACGUGAAAUGACAACACAUAUUCCUAAUACGCCUGGAAGAAUUAUAUUAAAUCAUUGGACUGAUGGCAACCCUAACUUUAGUGGUGGGCCACCUACGGAAAAUGCUGAUUUGAAGGUUUCACACCUUAAUUUGUUUUUUAAUUCCUCCGAAACAAAUUUCCCUCUACCUUGUCAACAUUCAAAGACGCCUUGUCUCGUCACAGGUUAG